UGGGAGGACCAGGGCGACCUCCCUUCGUUGGGGGCGAUGGGGACACGGGCCCCGCAGGGCCUCCUCCUCCUCCUCUGCCUCCGGUUGCUGCCGCCACGCGGGGCCUCCGCUGGGAGCCUCCACAGUCCAGGUCUGUCCGAGUGCUUCCAGGUGAAUGGCGCUGACUACCGCGGCCAUCAGAACCGCACGGGCCCGCGGGGGGCCGGCCGCCCGUGCCUCUUCUGGGACCAGACUCAGCAGCACAGCUACAGUAGCGCCAGCGACCCCCAGGGCCGCUGGGGGCUGGGCGCGCACAACUUCUGUCGGAACCCGGACGGGGACGUGCAGCCGUGGUGCUACGUGGCCGAGACAGAGGAGGGCAUCUACUGGCGCUACUGCGACAUCCCCACGUGUCACAUGCCCGGUUACCUGGGCUGCUUCGUGGACUCAGGAGCACCCCCGGCCCUCAGCGGCCCCAGCGGCACCUCCACGAAGCUCACGGUCCAGGUGUGCCUUCGCUUCUGCCGCAUGAAGGGCUACCAGCUAGCAGGCGUCGAGGCCGGCUACGCCUGCUUCUGUGGCUCUGAAAGCGACCUGGCGCGGGGACGCCCGGCCCCGGCCACUGACUGUGACCAGAUCUGCUUCGGCCACCCAGGCCAGCUGUGCGGCGGCGACGGGCGCCUGGGUAUCUACGAAGUGUCCGUGGGCUCUUGCCAGGGCAACUGGACCGCGCCUCAGGGCGUCCUCUACUCCCCGGACUUCCCGGACGAGUACGGGCCGGACCGGAACUGCAGCUGGGCACUGGGCCCGCAGGGCGCCGCUCUGGAGCUCACCUUCCGCCUCUUCGAGCUGGCGGACCCCCGCGACCGGCUGGAGCUGCGCGACGCCGCCUCGGGCAGCCUGCUCCGCGCCUUCGACGGCGCCCGCCCGCCGCCACCCGGGCCGCUACGCCUACGCGCCGCCGCGCUGCUCCUCACCUUCCGCAGCGACGCACGUGGCCACGGACAGGGCUUCGCGCUCACCUACCGCGGUGAGGCCCCGCCCGCCCCCGCCCCGCGCGCGCCCCGCCUGCGCCCCGCCUCGCCUCACACCCGUCUCCGCAGGGCUGCCGGACGCCGCCGACAGCGCGCCCGCCCCGGGCUCGGCGCAGACCCCCGCGGCGCCCCUCGGCGGGGCCAACCCCGCGCGCUCCCGACGCUCGCGGCCGUCCCGGCGCUGCUGCUGCUGCUGCCGCUGCUGUCGCUGCUGCGCCGACGGAGCUGUCUGCCGGCUCCGCGAGAAGGGCGCCUCGCGCUGGGGCCUCCCGGGGGCCCAGGGAGAAGCUGGGCUGUGUGGUACCGCCAGCCUCGAGGGGCGGCCAUGCCUUGCUCCCCCGGGGAUCCCCAGGCUGAGGGUCUAGCCGCUAGUUACCGGCCCCUGAGCGCCUCCAGCCAGAGUUCCCUGCGCUCGCUCAUCUCUGCUCUGUGACUCGCGACGUCCAGGGUCCACCGGACCCACUGCCAGCGGGAUGGGUACCUGAAACGCUGUGCAUCACUCUGCCGUGGCCUUUGCCCCUUUAAGGUCAGCUCGGCUUCUGGUCAUCUCGCGGAAGACAGACGUCACAGGAAGCAUCUGGUGCUAUUAUUGGGAACUUGGCCUGACCCUCGCAGUCCAGGUGGUCGAGGCCAAAGGGGAAGAGGAAUCUGGCUCCCCUCCUCGAAGACCUUGAUACGGGGGUCUAUGAUUUCAGAGGUCUUUGAGCCCCCUUGGGGCAGUCCUGGACUGCUGCCUUAAGUGAAAUGUGAGGAGGCAACAAAAAUGGUCAAAACCCCAGCCUUAGACUUUGAAUAAAGGACCUAUUUUGGUACAA